AUGGCUGCAGACCCGCCCAAGGCAGACAGACUCCAGCUAUCUGGUGGUGGGGACAGACGUGCGGGCCAUUUCCAGCAUACUGCAGGAACGCAAGAUUUCAUGGGGGCUGGAGGCCUGUCCUUAGACAAAGAGUUUUGCAAUCAGGUGCAUAAGAAGAUGUUCGCCACGCUGCCCAACUACACGAUGCUUUGGGGAGAGGUGCGCGAGCGGACGGGAAACGACUCCUUUAGCAUUUCGCUGGACGACGUGAGGCUGACAAACACGAACACCAUCUCCCAGCUCCGAGCGGUCGUGCGUGAGCAAGAAGAUCAGCCCGCGGUGCAGCUAGUGGUGGCCGAGCUGCCGGAUCACGAGGCCGCAGGAGAGGUUGAACCACGCGAGCAGCCGCGUGACGCUCCAGUGCGAACGCUUCUAACAGCGACAGCGGCAGUUGGAGCUUUGCUUGGAGGAGUUGGAGCUUUUUUGUAUCGGAAGGUCCGGCACCUGGAGGCAACCCACCAUGCGCUUACUCAACAGCUUGCCACAUCCGAGACAGAGACAAAAGCCCUGCAGCAAGAGGUUCAUCGAAAGGCAGACAAUGAACGUGCUCUACAUCAACAGCUUGCCGCAUCCAAGACUCGUUCAAAUGCGCUGCAGCAAGAGGUUCAUCGGAAGACACAAAAUGAGAAAUCCUUGUCUGAGAAGCUUACAGCAGCUAAUGGCGAAAAGGAUGUCAAAGAGGGCAUGAUCAAAGAGUUGGUCAAGCAACAGAGAACCAACUCUCUUACGAAGAGAGUGAAACGUUACCAGGAGGUAGACCUGCUGUUCGUCGUUGACUGUACAGGGUCUAUGCAACCAUACAUUGAUGCGGUGAAGACUUCGAUACGCUCAAUGGUACAGCGGCUCCUCACCGCCUAUCCGCAGUUGAACCUCCAACUGGGGUUUCUGGGCUAUCGCGACGUUGGGGACCAGCAGCAGUUUCAGAUCCUUGACUUUACGCAAAGCCAUGCAACCUUCGAGGGGUUCGUGGCGAAGAUGACAGCAGAUGGGGGGGCAGAUGCGGCUGAAGACGUUGCUGGUGCACUUCGGCGUGUGGCUGACUUCAAGUGGACCAAGCACGUGCGGGUGCUGUUCCACAUUGCCGAUGCUCCCUGCCAUGGUCGCGAAUACCACCAAGGUGUAUCAGACGAUUUUCCAGAUGGAGUGGGAGUCUCGAUCCCUGAGCAGUUGAUGAAGUUGCGCUCUCUGAAGAUCGAUUACUAUUUCGGACGAAUUAAAGGGCUUACAGACCAAAUGAUCACGGCUUUCAACCAGCAUGUCAAACAGUCGUGUGGCACCGAUCCAUACAUCAAGACGGUGGGCAUUGAGCACCCUCUUGACGUGGAGGAGGCAGUGGUGGAGUCAGUAUGUACAUCGAUUGAUGUGGCAAGUCUCGCAGCACACGAGAAGUCGGAGAAGAAAGUGGUCAAAUUGGAGACGGAGAUGGUUCUCUCAUCGGAAAAACCCGAGUGGCAUCUCUUGGAAUCUCAGGAGCCACGUCGUGGUCGACGAAUUUCUUUCGAAGUCCCGACAAGCAUUGCUGCCUGCCUCCUUGUCCGUGAGACUUCUGCGAGCACAGUGGAAGUUGAUUUCGUGGUGCAUGCCGUGCGCUUCGCUGCAGGUAUGAGCCGCCUCUGCCACUGGGGCAGUUACCGCACAGGGGCGGCGAGCGGGGCUUGGAGCCGCGUUGUGUUUAAGCAGUUCCUGCGUAAGCAGACACAUUCUGGCCCCGGCUGCAGCGACGAAGAGGAGGGGAAGUGGAAAAAUCCGUAG